AUGGUUUUUACGAGAAUAGAAUACAUAAUUUUUUCUUUACUUCUUAUCCUGAUCUGUGGCACAAUGGCUUGGGAAAGUCGUCAUCAAGGAAGAUGUGUUCUUGAUUCUAAAACUAGACAUUAUUCUUUCUUCGAGAACGGACAUUUGAUUUACAAUGGAACUUUCAAUAAUGUCUACAUACGACUGAAAGAACAAAAAUAUGAUGCAGGCAGCGUUUACUAUUACGUUGUUUUCAACGGUUUCAACAUCCACGAGCAAAAAAUCACAUCGUACACAACGAACAAAAAGAAACUACGAAGUCUCGCCAAAAAGUUAGCAGCAACUUUGGACCUCAACUACUUUGAUUCAAGAACUUACUCUAAAGAUCAUAUCCUUUUUAUAUUUAUACAAAAAUAA